UUGAAGUCACUUUGCCGACUUUUGGCAUUGCCAGUUUUCUGCACUUCCUCUGCGUUCUUGGGUUCAGUGUGAGCUUCUUCCCUUGCUCGACUCACCUUCUCUCUCCGCGGGCGUUUUCCCUCUCAUCCCUACUCUCAUUUUUGUUCGCAGCAUCUGAUUUUCGUCGAAAAAUUCCUCCUUGCGUGCUUAAUGUUGGGAAUGUAGGUUGAUUCCUCUCGGCGGCGGCGACGACAUGGCUGAAGGGAGUGAUGCGAGGGCGUGGGAGGAGCUCAUCCCCGAUGCCCUGGGCCUCAUCUUCCGCAACCUCCCUCUCCAAGAGAUCCUCACCGUCAUUCCUAGGGUCUGCAAAUCGUGGUCGCGGGUAGUGUUGGGCCCCUACUGCUGGCAGGAAAUCGACAUCGACGAGUGGAGCCAGCACUGCAAGCCAGAGCAACUCGAUAAAAUGCUUCACAUGCUCAUAGAUCGCAGCUGUGGCUCCUUCCGCAGGCUCAGUGUUUCCGGCCUCCAUACCGAAUCCAUGUUCACCUUAAUUGCAGACCAUGCUGGUUCCCUUCAGAGGUUGGAGCUUCCAAGAAGUGAAAUGAACGAUGCCAUUGUCAAACUUGUUGCACCAAGAUUGUGCAAUUUGACUUACUUGGAUGUCAGCUACUGCUCAAAGAUAGGUGCUUGUGCGAUCGAAGCGUUUGGUAAACAUUGUAGAUCCUUAGUUGUCCUUCGCCGGACGAUGCAUCCAUUAGAGGUUGAUAGAAAUUACCAAUGCCAAGAAGAAGAGGCAUAUGCUAUUGCCAAAACAAUGACCAAGUUGCGCCAUUUGGAAAUGUCUUACCAACCCUUGACGACACAAGCCGUACUCGAAAUCCUCUCAAAGUGCAAGGAUCUUGAGUACUUGGACCUAAGAGGUUGUUGGGAUGUGAAAUUAGAUGAGAAGUACCUAAAGGAGAGGCAUUCCGGUCUCAAGGUGCUGGGACCGGACAUUGUCGACCAUUAUGAGCAAAUUUUUUGGAAUGACUGGGCAGACUCCUACUCAGAUUCUUCUGGCUACGAGGAGGCUUUUGACGAUGACGUCAUUUGGGAGGAUGAGAAUGGAAUUGAAUUGGACGGGUUUCAAGUGAGAUUCUAUGGAGGUGGCUUUAGUGGCGUGGUCACUGGGUUCGAUUGGCCUCCAUCUCCAUGAGUAUCUUCAUCGUCCAUGCUUCUGAGAAUCACUUAGUAUCAUUGCUGCAAUGCGUGGGGUUUUCAUAGUCAUCAAAGUCAGUCUAUCAGAUAAUGUAACGAAAAAGUUUAAAUCCAUUGUAACUUUGUUUUGGGUGUUGAAUGGGAUGCAUUCCGAGGUUGAGGUAAGGUAGCUUUUAUUGUUUAAUAUAUGAAUGUAGAAUCUCGUAUUUUAACUCUGCAAUCUGAUAAAGAGUUUGUCGUA